CUUUUCAAUCGCCACUGACGUACGUCCAUAGACCCGCUGAAAUUCAAAUGUUUGAAGUAGGAGAGGCGUCAAAUAAACAAACUUGUUUGAAUCUUCUCCUGAGAUUAUACUUAGUUGUUAAAUACGAAUUGUUUAUUGGCAUACAUUGACAUACGGACGCUUCUUUUAAGGAAGAUGGAUGGGGAACAUCGAAAUGGGUUGUCGACAGGUUUGAAGAGACAUCGAGACCCUCUGUCUGACUCCGAGGACAAUGUCCCCUUAUCGUUUGAUGAGGUCAGUGAUGUUCAGAAGAGGCGUCGCCUGGAGGCAUUUGGCGAGGAGAACGUUACCCCUGAGAAGAGGUCUUCAUCUGGAACCCGCCUCGGCUUUGCAGAGUUUGAAGUGAAACCAGACACCCCUGCUAUCUGUUCUAUUCGCUCCAGAGUACAACAGCUCACCCAGAGACGUGGGGGAGGGCCUGUGCUGGCUCAGAGAUGCCUCUCUGAUCCAGGGUCUGGAUCUGGCCUUCCGUCCUUUAUAAUCCAGGAUGGAUUCAAAGAGCACCAUCUUAUUGGAGAGGCAGAAUUCAGUUCACGGGUGGAGCGGUUCAAAGCCCCCAUCACCCCUCAGACCAGCCCUCUGCCAGCCAACCGGUGUCCCCGUACCCUCUCCAACGCUGUUACCAACUUACAGAUGAAACUUGAGGCCAGCGAUACGCCCAGCUCUAAGCAAGUGUCCCGCAUACGCCAGGAGAGGGAAGAGGAGCUGCGUCUCCUCAGAAAGCCAAUCACUGAGAAUGUCUUUCUAAAGCGAAGCUUGUCCGAUACAUCACUGACUGAGAGGGCGACCUCGCCCUUCUCCUCAUCCUCCCCUCGGAUGAUGGUCAGACGUUGCAGGAGACUGCAGUGGCCACCAUUUCAACCGUGGAAACAGGCAGACGCCAAUGUGUCUGGUGAUGAACCUGUUGAGGUGAGGGAUGGCAGUUUUACCACAGUGUUCGCCCGUUCUGAGGUCCAAGGAGAGGAGCCUCCAAUCCAAGACACCGAGGCUGAGCUGGACUCUCAUGAUGAAACCAACACCGCCGAGAUGAUUGACCUGAUGUUUGACGAGGUGCUGGACGCUGCCGCUCAGAGAAGGAUGGAGGAGGAUGGUGAUGAAGAGGAGGGAGCUGAGGAUCACGACAGUGGCAUAGCCACAGUGAUGGACAGAAAAGAGAAAACAGAUGCUGAGUUCGACAUGGAGAAAGCUGAGGGAGACGACGUGAAGGAGACCGAGGUGUUGGAAUCUAGUGCCAAUGAGGAGCUCCUGACGUUCCCAUCCAGCUGUAUCCUGUCCCCCCUCAGCAAGUCUGUGGAAGCUGUGGUCACUCCCAUGAGACUGGCAGCCAGUCAACCAGCCAACCCUCCCUUCCUGAGCCCUGAAGAGCCGACCAGCCCUACUCCUGACAGCGUCCCCCUGUACAGUAUUGAUGCCUACCGCACCCUGACCCAGAGCUCCAAGCCAGCCACCCAUAGUGUUACUCCAGGGCUUCUGAGGAAUGUUGCCGAGAAGUCCCAACCCAAGCCCUCUAUCAACACCAAGGAAAGGAUCCAGGUACUGAAUGAGGAGGCUGCCAAGUUGCAGGUGAUUAUCAACCAGACGCUGCAUGCCCUGAGCUGCUGCACCGAUGAGGAGCACGGCAGGGGCUCCCUGGAGGAAGCUGAGGCUGAGAAACUUCUCCUCGUCUCCUGUGAGAAGCGUGAAGCGCUGCUCUCUGAGGUGGCCAGGCUGAAGGAUUCUGGGAGCUCGGUCUCCGAGCUGGAGGAGGGUGAUGGGGAGCAGGAGUCCCCCCCGUCCCAGCAGCCCUGCAGGGGCACCAUCAGCAUCAGCCGAGUCCAGCUCCCUCUCAAGGUGGAGUUUGUCUGCUCAGCUCGCACACGAACAGGUCGGCCAACCCACUAUUUCUUUGUACUGAUUCGCUACGGACCCUGCAACAUCGUUGCGACCCCUUUGGCCACUGCGGCAGACGCCCAGAAUGGAGACACCAUCUCCUUUCCAACCUCCAUCACCCUGCAGGACAUUCGUUCCAACUUUGAGAUUGAUGUGGAGAUCUACAGCCUGUCCCAGGCCUCAGGAAACACCGGCAGUGUUGACCUCCGCAGAUCCACCAAGUCAAGGUCCACCCCAAUGAAGCUUCUAAGCACCAGGAAGAGAACCAACCAGAGUGGGACUUCCUCUAACAUGGCCGCCCUGAACACCCGGCGCACCAGCAACUUCUGUCUGGUCGGUUGUCACAAGAUCACCCUAGCCUCCCUGGGUCAGAACAAGUUCCCCCUGGACAAGAUGAAGUUUGAAGGCAAAAUCAGGAGACUCCUGGGAGAUGAGUUUCAGGAAAAGGUGCCCUUCCUCUCUCCACUGGAGGGAAACAUUUACCUGCAGCUGGAGAGUCAGAGCCACUCUAAUGUCCAACACCAGGGCUUCCUGACCAUGUUUGAGGUUGUGAAUGGCUUUGGGGCGUGGCAUCGACGUUUUUUUGUCCUGGAGGGAAACCACCUGUCCUAUUGGAACCACCCCAACGACCGAGGCAGCAAGCCUGCAGAAAGCUGCGUUUCUCUGUCCAGUUCCUUCAGUCAGAGUGUGAAGCCGGUGAAGAGGGACUCCUGUGCUCGCCCAUAUACUUUUGAACUGGUCAGCAGCUCUCAGACAGAGCAACAGGAUGAUCAGGCGAAGGGCUGGUUCUCCGCAGAUACACGAGAGGAUCUGGGGGACUGGAUGGAGAAGCUGAACCAGGUUCUCUUGGACCUCAAUACCUGGACACGCUGUUCCCUGAACCAUGCGGGAGCACAGACCAAAACCAGCAGUUGUAAAAUUAGGGAGAGCAGUCUGUAAUAAUACACUGUCAUAUAAUCCUAUGCAAUAUCUUUAUUCAAUACUAUCAUUAGCAUUUGGGAGAUUCCUUUGUAUGGUUAUGUUUUGCCUUUUGUAAUUGUUUUGAAAUAGAGCUCCAUCUUGUGGUGUGUUAGGAUUACGUUUGUAUGUUACCUGAGUUUGAACUGGAGGAUUAAGUUACUGAUAUUAUGCAAACACUACUGAAUAAAUGGUAAGGCUAAUACAGACCUACAGGCCUAACAUUCACUGACGAUCAGGUGAAUUGUCAUCUUAAAUCUGAUAGGAUAAACACUACAAAGGUGAGCGCUACUGGACAACAUUAUUUUCAUUACUGCAGCAGUUUUCAGAUAAUGGGUCUGUACCAUGCAAAAACCCUCAUUUAAAAACAUAGCAAUUUGAGUUGUUACAGUGUUGUUCUUGACAAACUGAUGCAUCUUCUACAAUGUUGCAAAUACUGACCGUGUGGUGACUUUAGGCUUGUUCCUUAAUUCGUAAUCUAGUGCUGCGUUGUUCAUAACACAACAGGGAUUGAAGGAAUAGGAGGGGGUCAUGUGUGGCCCUGGGUUUUGAAGGACAUGCAGUAAAAUGAUAGUGCCUUAUCUGAUGUUAAAUCCUAUUUGGACCGAAAGGGAAAUGAAUGUAGAUGCUCUCUGUUGACUUUAGUUAACCUGUUUUCCCCUUUUUUUUCCUUUUUGAUGUAUUUACUGUGAAUCUGUCAUUCAUUCUGUGUGUGGAUGUUAUCCCUACUUCUCAGCAUUCUUAUAUGCACUUGAUUGAUGAAGGUACUAUCAGCAUAUAAUAAAAAUUGCACUAAUAGCAA